GGCGCGCGUUAACAGGUGAUGACGCUUUGUUAGUAGGUUCCUAACUCAGAACUCCGCUUUCGUUUGAUUUUUGAAAUCGGUGUUUAACAAAUAUUAAAACAAGGGUGUUUUUUGUUUCCAAUACAAACCAGUAAAUGGAUUUGUCAGUUAAUUCCGAUGCAAAUGGAAAGAUAAGGAAGAACAUUUUGACCAAAAGGAAAAGAGUUAAUCGCAGGAGAAACAUUUCACCGGCAAUCAGAAAACUCGGCGACACUUCGAAUGACAUUCCUUUGGGACGACAACUUUAUAGGACGCCGCCAAUGUCAGAGUUCAAAAAGCCUUUGUGUUUCAGCUCUGAAACUCAAAUUAAGGAAUUGCGUUGUAGCCCCGAACUAUUUUCACAAAAAACUGAAGAAAAAACCAUGCACACGAUAGAAGAGAUUAAAACCAGUCCUGAGCUAAAUGUGACUAUGGAACUCUACACACUGCAGUCUCCAGGAAGUGAGACAUGCCGACGGUCUCGUAUUACGUCACACACAAUCUGUUCAGCCAGUGUUUUGGAAGAAGACCCCUACUCAUUGAUAAGAGGCAUGGAGGGCUAUGAAGUGACUCCAGAAGACCUGGUGUUCAUUAAGAGCGCCAAGCAGAAGCAGAUUAACCAUUUACAGAUGGAUGACUUACUGAAUGGACUUAGGAACAAGAUAAAGGCCUCCAGGGAAAUGUUUCAAGCUGAUCUUGACCAGAUCCUGUCCUGUGAGCAAGGGGGAGUGUUGGCAUUGGACUCCAUUUCCCUCCUGGCUCAGAAAAACACUGCAGAUGUCCAGCAUGCUGUACGGGAGGAGCAGGCUAAGAUCGCUGAGCUUGAGGACAGACUGACCAAAGUCCUUAAGUUGAGAGAAGAAAGACAAAGAAACCAGGAGAUGGGGAGUCUGAACAAACAAAUCUUCAAAAUAAAGGGACAAAUUGAUUGUCUAAAAGUUGAACUAUCAGAGUUGAAUUCCCAACUUGCUGUAGGAGAGGAUGCUGGGAAUGAGUCUUUGCUGGCCAUGCAAGGCACGUUGAAAAAUUUGGAAGAUUCCAAAAGCAUUAAGCAUGAGGAAGAUCUGAGUUCCCAGGAGUUAUUGCAAGUUGCUCCAAGUCGAGUAAAAGCUGUCAAAGAAUCAAAAAGGAGAUAUGGAAAGACAAGUACCCGAGUGACUCCUCGUGUCCGAAAUAAUGCUGAAAAUAUACUUUCAACUGUUGGCACAUCGGAUGUGACAGUUAGUCUCAGACGGUCUAGCAGAAUUGCCAAAAAGAGCUGUGUUGAGACCAAGCCUGUAUUAAGACAAAAAUACCCCAACAAAGAAAGAAUUUCACAUGAAGAGAGAGUCCACUUUUCCUGAAGCUUUUGAGGUGUAGGUAGUUUUAUAGUUAAAGGUUAAACACCAAUGUUUGGUACAUUACUUUUGAUAUAAUGGAUGGGCAUUAUUACAGUUUAAUUGUACUGAACAGAGGCGUAUCUUAUCUUUUACCAAUGGGACAAGAAAGACUUUCCAGUACAAACAAAAUUUAAAAAACUAUUGUGAAUACAUACCCAUACUUCUCUCUAGAUUUGGUCAUUAGUUCUGAGCCAAGUUUACUGCCCAGUCGUUAUGGUCCUUUUGUUUUGACCGUAUGCUCUGAAUCAUCUAAUGAUUGGGUGUCACGUAUGUAUAUAUAUCCAAGAGACAUCUAGCUAUCGCAUCAGUUUAUAAUGCACAUUCUAAACGGUUUCUAGCCAUUUAGAAAGUUGAAUGAUAGCUUUUUUUUUUUAUUCUAUAGUUGCUGCUUUUGUUAUAAGUUGUUUAUCAUUAGUUGUUCAGUUUUUUUUAAGUGUAAUCUUAAACUGUAUGUUGAAUAAAAUGCGGUAAAGUAUUUUUAUAACUCAACCU